ACAAGCAUUAUUGGCCGGGAACUGACUACCUGCGUGUACAAAUAUACUCACCUAGAGCCUAUUCUAUAUGCCCUUGGUGUGGGAAUGUCAACUAAGGAUCCAGAUCACCUAAAGUUUCUCUUUGAAGGAAGUGAAGAGUUCUGCUGUUUACCUAGCUUUGGAGUAAUUCCUGCUCAGACUUCGAUGUUUGAUGGUGUUCCAUCCCUUCCAGGACUAAAUAUUGAUCUUGCAAAGAUGCUGCAUGGUGAGCAGUAUCUGGAACUGUAUAAACCCUUACCAACCUCAGGGCAAUUAACUUCAGUUUCAACUGUUGCUGAUAUUCUUGACAAAGGAUCAGGAGCAGUCUUGCUUAUAGAUGUGAAUACCUACUGUGGAAAGGACUUAGUGAGUUAUAAUCAGUUCUCCUUAUUUUUUGUUGGAGCUGGAGGAUUUGGUGGAAAACGAACAUCAGAAAAGGCCAAGGCAACAGCAAAUCCACCUAAGAGACCCCCAGAUGCUGUAAUUUCUGAUGUCACAACAACUGAUCAGGCUGCCUUAUAUCGGCUGAGUGGGGAUUUCAAUCCUUUACAUGUAGAUCCAAGUUUUGCUGCUCUUGGAGGAUUUGAGAAGCCUAUACUUCAUGGACUGUGUUCCUUUGGGUUUGCUGCGAGACACGUUUUGAAGCAGUUUGCAAAUAAUGAUGUGAACAGAUUCAAGGCAAUCAAGGCUCGCUUUGUGAAACCAGUCUUUCCAGGGCAAACUUUACAAACAGAAAUGUGGAAGGAAGGAAAUAGAAUCCAUUUUCAGACCAAGGUCAAAGAGACUGGAGAAGUUGCUAUUGCAGGAGGAUAUGUGGAUAUAGUACCAGCCCUGGAUAAGCCUUCUACUCAGGGGCCUUUUAAGACUGCAGGGCUGCAGAGUGACCUUGUAUUUGAAGAAAUUGGUCGUCGACUAAAAGAGAUCGGAAAAGAAUUGGUAAAGAAAGUAAAUGCUGUAUUCCAGUGGGACAUCACUAAAGAUGGAAAAACAGCAAUGCAGUGGACAAUUGACUUAAAGAAUGGUUCUGGAGCAGUGUAUCGAGGACCUGCAAGAA